AAGAAAAGAAGGAUUAUGUUGUGUUACGGAAAGCGGGUUCAGAAGAAUUAUUCAUAACUGCCAGAAACUGGAUGCCUUCGGAUGGCAUGUGCUUGUAUCAGAGCAGUGUAACAGAUUCUGAAGUUGAAGCAUGCAUAAGACCUAGACAGGAUUGGCUGUUGCUUGACUGUCAAAUGUUAGCUGAGCAAG